AAGCGGCCGAGUCCUCGCGAGCACUCGUGUACACGUUAGGGAGUAUUCUCGCCCUGCACUACUUUGCCCGGUCUCUCUGUCAUUAGGAUCUCUAUCUACUGGAGGGAACGCCUUGCCAGCGUGUCCCAUAUACCUCUGGCAUACACUUUAGGCGACAUCGUCAACACUAGGUCACCUUCCGUUCGUUCACUCUCUGACAGCGGAGGAUUGUAAUGGCUUCCACGAACAUCAAAGUUGUCUGCCGGUUUCGCCCACCGAACGCGAUCGAGCAGCGCGAAGGAGGUGAAGUUGUCGUAUCAUUCAGUGACAACCUACAGACGGUCCAUGUGCGAUCGGCACAGCUCAGCUCUGGGCCGGAGAAAGAUGGGUUCACAUUCGACAGAGUCUUCCCUCCCGGCACUAAGCAGCAUGAAGUGUUCGAUUAUGGUGUCAACGACAUUGUAAAGGAUGUCUUGGAUGGCUACAAUGGGACGGUGUUCGCGUAUGGCCAGACCGGUAGUGGAAAGACGUUCACAAUGAUGGGAGCCGACAUAGAUUCAGCCGAUCUGAAGGGUCUGAUCCCUCGCAUUACAGAGCAGAUUUUCCAGUCUAUUGUGGAAUCGGAUGCCCAUUUAGAAUAUCUUGUCAAGGUGUCUUACAUGGAAAUUUACCUAGAACGGAUCCGAGAUCUGUUAGCACCUCAGAACGACAAUCUUCAAGUACAUGAAGAGAAAUCGAAGGGAGUCUACGUCAAGAACCUUUCCGACUACUACGUUAGUAGUGCCCGCGAGGUAUACGAAAUUAUGCGACAAGGAGGUAACACACGAGUUGUGUCAUCAACAAACAUGAACGCUGAGAGUUCACGCUCUCACUCCAUCUUCCUCAUCACUAUCCAGCAGCGCAAUACAGAGACCGGCGCACAGAAGACUGGUAAUUUAUAUCUUGUCGACUUGGCCGGUUCCGAGAAAGUGGGGAAGACCGGUGCGUCAGGCCAAACACUAGAGGAGGCGAAGAAGAUCAACAAGUCCUUAUCCGCCCUUGGAAUGGUCAUCAACGCCCUUACUGAUGGCAAGGCCAAGCAUGUGCCUUACCGGGAUUCAAAGCUCACCCGAAUCCUGCAAGAGUCACUCGGAGGUAACUCGAGGACGACUCUUAUCAUCAAUUGCUCUCCGUCUUCUUACAACGAGGCUGAGACGCUUUCCACCCUCCGCUUUGGUAUCCGUGCUAAAUCGAUUAAGAACACCGCGCGUGUCAAUGCGGAGCUUUCUCCCUUGGAGCUCAAGGGACUGCUCACCAAGGCUCAAGCAGCCAACACUUCAUAUCAGAAGUACAUUGCUGCUCUCGAAGCGGAGCUGGCAAUCUGGCGCACGGGUGGUCAGGUCGACCAAGCGGACUGGGUGACUGCUGAGAAGGCAGCUUCUUCUACGGCAGCGCCCAAGAGAUCGCCCGCAUCACCGACACCAUCCUCGACACGUAGCAUGACGCCUGUCAAUCCUGCAUUGGAGGGCUUGCGCAGCGAUGGUGACAGUCGCCCACAGACCCCCACUGUAGUCGGACUCGACAAGGACGAGCGUGAAGAAUUCCUCAAGCGCGAGAAUGAGCUCAGUGACCAGUUAGCGGAGAAAGAGUCUGCUCUCAAUGCUGCGCAGAAGCUUGUUAGCGAACUCCGGGAAGAGUUGGCAUUCUUGAAGGAGCAGGAGGCGUCGUUAUCGAAGGAGAACAAGACGAUGUCUGGCCAACUCAACGAGCUUCGUCUGCAAGUAGAGCGCCUGGACUAUGAUAACAAGGAGAGUGUUAUCACCAUCGACAUUUUGAAGGAACAGAACCAAGAUGCGAAGACAGAACUGGAGGAGCUGAAGAAGACCAUUCUGGAGCUCAAGGCUGCUCAGAAGGAUGCGUCCGCCGAAGAUAAAGAGAAGCGCAAACAGGAGAAGAUGGCCUUGAUGAUGGCUAAGUUCGAUGCGCAAGGUACUUUCUCGGAGAAGGACGAACAGCUGCGCCAGCUCCUCGCCAAGCUGGAUGCCAUUGAUUCUGAUGCUGCUGUGUCGACCCUCUCUCAAGAAGAUGUUGUCACGCUUCGUCGGCAGCUGGUCGACGGGCAGAACCUCAUCCGAGAGACUGUUGACCGCUUGAGGCAGAGCCAGGAGGAGAACGAGAUGAAUUCGCGCAGACGAGAUGAAUUGGAGGCUCGUAUCUCUGCGCUUGAGACGGAGUACGAAGAGUUACUGGAGAAGACGAUCCGCGAUGAGGAGGUCAGCAAUGUCGACGUUGCCGAAUCGAUGGCCGAGCUCAAGAACAAGCUGGAGGCGCAAUACGCGGCGAAACGUGACGCGCAUUUGAGCGAGGUACAGGAUCUGAAGCAACAGCUGGAGAUUCGCAUCAGCGAAGUCCGCACCCUCAAUGCCACCAUCGAUAGUUUGAAGAGCGUCAACGAUGAACUUAAGCGCGCAUUCGCUGUGACCUCAGCCGGCAUCGAAGGUGGUAAGAACCUUGCUGAGAGCGCCCAAGAUCUCGAGAGGACACGGAAAGCCAUCAGCGUGCAACUUGCAGAAUUUGAUGGAGUCAAGAAGUCCCUCAUGCGAGAUCUCCAGAACCGCUGCGAGAAGGUGGUUGAGUUGGAGAUCCAGCUGGAUGAGAUCAAGGAGCAGUACAACAAUGUCAUCCGUAACAGCAACAGCAAAGCGCAGCAGAAGAAGAUGGCUUUCUUAGAACGGAAUCUAGAGCAACUGACUGUUGUCCAGAAGCAGUUAGUUGACCAGAAUUCUGCCUUGAAGAAGGAAGCCGGCAUCGCGGAGCGGAAAUUGCUCGCGCGGAACGAGCGGAUACAGAAUCUCGAGGCUUUGCUGCGAGACGCCGAUCGCCGACUGGCAACGCAGAACCAGAAGUUCGAGGCCCAACUGCAGGUGGUCAAGGAGCGCCUUGAUCAAGCACGCGCUCAAAAGGUCGCUUCUUCGUCGCCUCUCAGCUUUGGCCGCAUUGCCAAGCCGUUGCGGGGAGGAGGAGUUGCAGCCGCGAGCGCAGCUUCUGCGGCCACCAGCCCGUCAAUAGGGUCGAGCGCCGCAAACCCGGUAACAAGGCUACAGAACGAAGAGUCAGGCGGGCGUCGUGGUUCUUCAACUCAACAAGGUGAUGCCGUGCUCAGUCCUCGCUGA